UCCAGGGGGCGGGGCCUGGCCCAGGCGCUGCGUUCCCCGACGGCCGCCGGGAGGACUGCCGAGUGACUGAGCCCAGGGCUGCGCAGUCGGACGCUGAGGGGCGCGAGCGGGCGACGCGGGGCUUGCAGCGCCGAGCAGAAAGCAAAGCCAGCAGGGAGUUCCAGGACCGGCAGGAUGGGGUCAGCCUGUAUCAAAGUCACCAAAUACUUUCUCUUCCUCUUCAACUUGCUCUUCUUUAUCCUGGGCGCGGUGAUCCUGGGUUUCGGGGUGUGGAUCCUGGCGGACAGGAGCAGUUUCAUCUCUGUGCUACAGACCUCCUCCAGCUCGCUCAAGGUGGGGGCCUGCGUCUUCAUCGGCGUGGGCGCCGUCACCAUGUUCAUGGGCUUCCUGGGCUGCAUCGGUGCCAUCAAGGAGGUCCGCUGCCUGCUGGGGCUGUACUUUGCCUUCCUCCUCCUGAUCCUCAUCGUCCAGGUGGCUGCUGGGGUCCUCUUCUAUUUCAACAUGGGCAAGCUAAAGCAGGAGAUGGGCAACAUCGUGACGGAGCUCAUUCGGGACUACAAGGACAGUCAUGAGGACAGACUGCAGGAGGCCUGGGACUAUGUGCAGGCUCAGGUGAAGUGCUGCGGCUGGGUCAGCUUCUAUAACUGGACGGACAACGCGGAGCUCAUGAACCGCACCAAUGUCACCUACCCCUGCUCCUGUGAGGACAGGAGCGAGGCGGACGACGGCUUCCUGCUGAGGAAGGGCUUCUGCGAGGCUUUCGACAGCAACAGGACCGAGAGUGGGAACAGCCCCGAGUACUGGCCCGUGUACCGUGAGGGCUGCAUGAAGAGGGUGCAGGCGUGGCUGCAGGAGAACGUGGGCAUCAUCCUAGGCGUGUGUGUGGGCGUCGCUGUCAUCGAGCUCCUGGGGAUGCUCUUGUCCAUGUGCUUGUGCCGGCACGUCCAUUCCGAAGACUACAGCAAGGUCCCCAAGUACUGAGGCGGCUGCUGUCCCCCACCUCCCUGCCCAUCCCCCAGCCUCUGGGCUCCUCAGGGUCUCCAGGCUCCGCACCAGGCUCACCUCCCCCCUCACUCCCCCGUGCCUGUCCUGUGCUGGCUGGAGGUGGGGGGGGGCUUUCUGGGGCCAUGACCCGUCUCCCUACCUUUCUGCCUCCAGACUUGAGCCCCAGCUGUUCGUGGCUCCUUCGCUUAUUGCCCGCCGGGAUUCUCUCAGCCACCCAGAGAGAAGGUGCCCGCGGUGUCCCUGCACAGGUGGACGGGGUCUCGAGCUGCCUUGGGAACUGUGUAUAUGGGAUGGGGAAAAGUAUAUUCAACAUUGGGGGGGGGUUUGGAUGAGGCACCUGGGCUGUCAGGGGACUGCCCACUGCGUGGGUAAACUUUUUUUUCCACUAUAAUGCUUGUAUCUUUGGUUUUCACGUUUUCACUGAAGGUAGUGGGAGUGGGUGGGCUUUACCGAUCCGUUAUUAGGAGCCGCAGCCCUUCCCCGAGCCAGCUCCAGCCCCACGCAGGCAGCUCAGAUCAACCGAGGAUGAUGCUGUGAGCCGGGCCGAAGAGGGGCCCCCGGGGCCAGGGAAUCUGAACUGGCUCUGGGCUGCUUAGGGAAUCAGGGGGGUGAACCCUGGGGGCCUGACGCAGAGCUGGUCCUGCAUUCACCAGGAUCCCUAGCUGCCCAGGGAAGGGGGAAGGAUGCUUUCCCCUGGGAGAAGCUAGGCGGGCCUGUCCUUUGCGCCCGGGAAUGGGUGGGUGAGACUGUGCCUUGUAAGGGAGUGGGGAGGGGGCUAUGUGCACAGUUCUAUAAAACAUGUCCGAGAUUUGACAACUAACUAUUAAAGAGGAUUUGUAACAA